AUGAGUGCCACAUUUGCAUUAGGUCCUGACGCAUAUAAUCAAGCUUGUACGUCGCUUAAGGCGCUAAUAAGCCAUCAAAAGUCUGACAGUAAUUCUACAGCUUCAGUUUAUCUCACAAUUAAUGUUAAUAUAAAAUUGGCCAAAUCCAAGGAUUUCAGGCCACGAGUGAUUCCACUUACACAUAAGCUUGAUAAGAUUUCCAACAAGGCAAUAUUAUUUAUUUCAAAAGAUCCAGCGAAUUAUUAUAGAGAGAUUUUGACGGCGAAAGGAACACCAACCGAAGACGCUUUUAAUGAGAUUAUUUCCUUUAAAAAACUCAAACUGAAAUCGAAGUCGCAAAAGUCAUUAGUAAAAUUAUACAAGGAGAACGACAUAAUAGUAGCUGACAAUAGGGUUCACAAGUUUCUUCCAGAUGUGUUGGGCUCGACAUUUUACAUAAGGAAGAAGAAGGUGCCGUUUAUGCUACAAAUGGCAAAGCCUGAUCCAUCGGUAAAACUAAGAAGGACACAACAAAACAAACUCAAGGACGACAGGUGUGAUGUUGAGUACGUUUACAAACAAAUAAAGUCAAUUGUGGGGAAUGCGUCGUUUGUGCCGACAACAAACGUCGGCGACGUGAUCUCGCUCAAAAUUGGUUAUGCAAAUUGGGAAAUUGCCCAUUUGGUAGAUAAUAUAAAUGACAUUGUAAAGUAUCUAACUGACGAGGAGAAUAGGGCUGUCAUAGGGGCUGCAAUAAAUUUGGAAAAUUUGGUGAAUGUGAAUGUCCGAGGGGAGGAUAGUAUAAGUUUGCCUGUUUUGGUGAGAUCGAAAGAGACAGUCGAAACCAAGGAAGACGACAGUGAUUUUGAUUUUUAA